CGCGCGCGCCUGAGGGAACCGCCCGCGGGCGGUUGGCGGGCGGGAAGCGCCGCGGCGGCGGCGGCGAGGCGGGGCCGCGGCCGCGCGCAUGUGACCGGCGGCGGCGGCUGGGGCCGGGGCUGGGGCUGGGGCUGCGGGGGCGGCCCCGGCGGGGCUGUGCCGCGCCGCGGCGGGGCAGUGCGGAGCGACGCGGAGUAGGGCGGCGGGGGAUGCGGCGCGGCUCGGCCCCACGCAGAUGAUGGCGAUACGCGAGCUGAAAGUGUGUCUGCUUGGAGAUACUGGGGUUGGGAAAUCAAGCAUAGUUUGUCGAUUUGUUCAGGACCACUUUGAUCACAAUAUUAGUCCUACUAUUGGAGCAUCCUUCAUGACUAAAACUGUGCCUUGUGGGAAUGAGCUUCAUAAAUUUCUGAUCUGGGAUACAGCAGGUCAGGAACGGUUUCAUUCCUUGGCUCCAAUGUACUAUAGAGGUUCAGCAGCAGCUGUGAUAGUUUAUGAUAUCACCAAACAGGAUUCAUUUCAUACUUUGAAGAAGUGGGUGAAAGAACUAAAAGAACAUGGUCCUGAAAAUAUCGUAAUGGCCAUUGCUGGAAACAAAUGUGAUCUAUCGGAUAUCAGGGAGGUUCCUAUGAAGGAUGCCAAAGAAUAUGCAGACUCUAUAGGUGCAAUUGUUGUUGAAACCAGUGCUAAGAAUGCCGUUAACAUUGAGGAACUCUUUCAAGGAAUAAGUCGGCAAAUUCCACCCUUAGACCCUCAUGAAAAUGGUAACAAUGGAGCAAUCAAACUUGGAAAGCAGACUUCACAGACGGGUAGGCGGUGCUGCUGACCCAACUUGAUCUCUUUUGAUUUACUUGAAAAACAGCACCCUUUGCUUUUUCACUGAGGAAAGGACUUUGUGAUCUCAGUGACAUGGCUCCUUAUCUUGAAAACAGUGAUAUCGAUACUCCCAAUGAGUAAUGAUGCAAGGACCAGAAACAAAAAGCUUUACUUCAAAGGGAUUUUGCAAAACCUUGUUGGGAAAUCCUCUAAUAUCCUAUCAAAAUUACAGUAUCAGAGUUCUCUGAUUCUCUGUUUAAGCCAAUGACUUCUUUUAAUAAAAAGAACCUUUUAUACAUAAAAAAUUUAGAUUUGCUGCAAAAUAUUCUCUUCUUACAUUGCAAAGUGGAGUUGGCUUUUUUUUUUUUACAGUGUUCCGUGUAAUAGUAGUAUGCAAAAAUCCAUAAAACCUGAAUUUUGGCUUGCAGUUUCUCUGCCAUUUUUCUAACUGGAGUCUGCUUCUGUAUUAUUCUAAAUCUGUAGCUUUAUCUCAUGAUUUCAGUAAACAUCAGCAAGAAAUGGACUGAAUUUUCUAACUAAAAAAAUGGAUCCUAGUGAGCACAAUUUUUACAGGCUAUGAGUCAGAAUCUGGGCCAUGAGAUGCUGAGUAUAUAAAAGAAGGAAUUGUCAUAAAGGAGGUGGCUGAACGCCACGCAGUUCCCCGUCUGCCCCAGGAAGACCUGGAGUUCCAACCUUCUUCUUGAUACCUUUAAAGCUUGAAGCACUUGAAAAUACAAUGUAGAAAAACAAAACAGUGGUUAGGAACUAGAAAUAAUGUUUAACGUUAUGUGUUGUCCACCUCUAUCUUUUAUGAAUGUGUGUGACUGAUGAUAAAUUACAAAUUUCUCUUUUUCAUUAAUUCCAUUGGAAAUCUGAAGUAAGGUAAGAAAGGCAGGCUUCAGAACCAGCUUGCAUUCCACAAUAUUAAUUUGUUCUCUUUUAGGAAUAUUAACCUUAUCGUACAUUUGAUGGGGGACUUGUAUGAAAAGCAAACAAAAGAGAAAAAUAACUUUCCACUUUAAAUCAGGUACGGGCAGGCUGGCACCCAUGUUUAUACACAAAAACAGACUUUAUUGCUUUGUUGUGAGAUUACUUUGAUAAAAUGGAACUGACUGUUGGUGCCUGAACCAGAGCCAGCUGAAAUCAGCAGGAGCAUUUCCUUGUCUUCAGAGGGCCAUUGAGGAAAUAGUUACACGUGGGAAACAUCCCAUCUGACUUUAUCUAAGAAUCUAAAAAACAGUACUUUUUCCACAUACAAUCCAUGAUAUUCUGGGCUCAUUGGAAAGCACUCAUACAUGAAAGUAUGUCCUUGGAUAAUACAUACAGAAUCAAACACAGGGGAAUGAGCAGAAGAAAGGGGGUCUAAGGUAAACUUUCAGUUUUAUUACCUUUGUUGAUCUGUGAUCUGCACGACUGCUUAACUGGAGAAUGUAUUUUAGAGAUAGUCCAGGGUUCUUCAAGUGAAAAUUCAGCAAUCAUCUACAUUUUGUUGAUAGUCUGGGGAGGGGGGAGAGAGACAGGCUCCUUUAGGGAACAUUUCAUCCUGUCCUAGUAUAAGGGAAUCUGACAGGGGUGCCUGUCCCUUUCUGUUGGCUGUUGAGGGAGCCCAGACAACUACAAAAUUCAUGAUUUCAGCUUCCUUUUGUUGCCUUUGUUGCUUGGAAAGUACUGCCACCCUUCAUAAACAGUUCGAAAAAUGGCAUGAUACCAAAAAUUAACUCGAAGGCAAAAGUUUCAGCAGCAACUGUAAUUCCUUUUAGUGGUUAGUGGCUGGUUAAGAAUGGAAUUACUGUACAGGAGCACUUGACUCCAUAGCUGAUCUGCUCUAAUAAUAGUGCUACACUUCUACACUGGGCAGCUGGUGCUGGACUUGUCAAAGAUGGGUUUUCUGAAGAGAACUGGUAACAGGACUGAAACACAAGCUGCAGUACCAAGUAUGUUUGGUGGAGUCUGUUUCCACCAUCACUCAAGACUGUGACCAUCCAGUUGUGGGUGACUAGCUUUUCUGGCUUGUCAUGAACUAGUUACUUAAAAAAAAAAAAAAAAAAAAAAAAAAAAGGAACUAGUUUUCAUAUAUGCUCUGCAUAUGUUUGUGUAUAUAAGUACAGUUUUGUAUUGUUAUGCUGACAUGUAGUGUUUUUUCACUAUGUCUGGUUCACAUAUACUGCAUAUUGUAUACUGUAAGUAAAUUUUUUGUUAAUGAUCAUUUCAUCUUUAUGAACUUAAAGCUACAAGUCUACAGGCUGAUGGUAGCAAUAAUAUGGAAUACACAUAGGUACAAUUGUUGACUUGCCAUUCUUAUGCAUGAAAAUGGCAUAUUACAGAAAGCGUUUGUCUUGCAGACUAAGAAAUAUAAAAAAGGCCAUCAUUAUGCAAGAAUUGGGACUCAGAAGUAUUAAAGUUACACAAAAAAAAUAGAUUGUUUUUGUUUAUGGUACAGCAGGUCUAUCUGAAGUGCUUCAACAUAACAUGGGGCUAUAUUAAUUACUAGAGAAGUUACCUUUUAUCCCUGGUCUUCAAUACUCCUUUAUUACAUGUGGUAGUUAGCAUAACCAGCUAGAUUGAACAUGAGAGCACUCUGACCCAUAAUCAGACCUUUGCAGUACAAUGAUGAUAUAUUUUAUUAUCCCACCCUUAAUUAUUUAAACCAAAGUCAAUGAUGAAUUGUCAGUGCAAAAUCACAUGCUAAGUACUCUUCCUCUGUUUUGUUUUAUAUAAGGGCUUUGACUGGGCUGGACCCACUCGCUUCAUGUAUGAGAUGCUGCAAUCUGUUAAUACUUUACCUUCUGUUUUACAUAUUAAUUGUAUCAUACCUAAUAAUAUUUUUUGGCCUAAAAUGUAGUUUUUGUGUUUUAUUUAACCUACAAUGAUUAACGCUAAUAAAUGUUUUAAAUACCUCUGA